CUCCACAGUCAGGCUCUUCAGCCAAGCGUUUUCACUCAAGCUUAAUUGUAUCUGCUAUUUUUAUGAGUUUUACUUACGGGAUGAAAAAUAUUUUUUUUAAAUCAUUAAAUAAAAAGGAAUCACGUAUGAUAUUUUCAUGGAUUUAGAACUGGAAGAGAUGUGAAGCCUUAAAACUUGUUCUGCUGUUUUUUCCAUUUAGACAGACGUAAAGAAAAAUAAAGGAAUCCUGAUUUCAUUGCAGCGCUUGCAACAUAACAUCAAUUGCACAACAAUCAUUCCUGGAACAGAGAAACAAUUCCUCCUAAAAGACACUACAAGCCUGUUAAGUGACUAUAAAUAAGAGGAGGGCCACAAUAUAGGUAUCAUUUUGUAAAGAAGCAACGUUUCUAUUGUGGUUCAGUUGCACACUGGGAACCAGGAUGGCUCAACUGUCAAUAUGGAUUGGCAUUGCUACGCUGAUAUUUCUUCAAAAUGUUUCUGCCAUUAACCUGGUUUGUUACUUCACCAGCUGGUCUCAGUACAGGGAAGCCCCAGGGGGCUUUGUCACUGAUGACAUUGAACCAGAUCUUUGUACCCACAUCAUUUAUGCUUUUGCUAAUAUAUCAGGCAAUCAAAUCACCAAGUACGAAUGGAAUGAUGAUACUACCUAUAACAACCUCAGGGGACUUAAAACUAGGAAUCCCAAACUGAAGAUUCUUCUGUCUGUUGGUGGAGCUAAUUUAGGCUCUAGACCUUUCCAGAACAUAAAUUCCUCUCCUGCCACACGCUCGGAAUUUGUAGCAUCCGUGAUCAGCUUUCUUCGGAAGAAUAAUUUUGAUGGUAUUGAUGUUGCUUGGCACAGACCAAGCCAGAAUAAUAAAAGGGAUUUGGUUAAGCUGGUUCAGGACCUGAAUGUAGCAUUCCGCUAUGAGGCCCGGAAGAAUCCAAACAGGCAAAAUCUCAUAUUGAGUGUGGCAGUACCAGCUGGAAAAGAAGCUAUUGAUAGUGGCUUUGAUAUCCCGAAUAUUGCUAGAUUUGCAGAUUUCCUUAAUGUCAUGACCUUUGAUUUUCAUGGUUAUUGGUCAGAUCAUAGUCACCCCUAUACUGGCCAUGGAAGCCCCCUUAGGAAGAGCAGAGCUGACAAAGGAGCUGCAGCCUUUUAUAAUGUUGACUAUGCUGUGAGAUAUUUGAAGACCAAAGGUGCCCCUAAUUCGAAAAUCAUCAUGGGAAUUCCUACCUAUGGACACACUUUCACUCUUUCUUCUGCACAGACUGGGCUUGGAGCUCCCGCCUCUGGCCCUGGGCUAGCUGGCCCAUUCACAAAAACAGCAGGAAUCCUAGCAUAUUAUGAGAUUUGUAGUUUUAAUCAUGGUGCCACAAUAGAAAAGAUUGAAGAGCAAAGUGUCCCCUAUUCCUACAAAGGGAACCAAUGGGUGGGCUAUGAAGAUGAAACAAGCGUUCAAAUAAAGGUUCAGUAUGCGAAGAACAACAAUUUGGGAGGUGUUAUGGUUUGGACACUUGAUCAAGAUGAUUUUUCAGGUACCUUCUGCAAGAACCGCAAUUAUCCACUACUUGCUGCUAUUAAAAAGGAACUAAAUAAAUAAGAACAUGUAUUUGCCAAAAAAAAGCCCCAAUUUUAAAUAGCAAUAGAAUCUUACAGGUUAAGUCAAUUUUGGUGUUCUUUUAGGAAUUAAAAACAAAUGCUUACUUCUAAAUACUAUACAUGCUUAAUAUAGCAUUAUAUAUAACCAGUUAUUAGUUCUGUAUUAUUUCAUGAUUAAUAUUAUUCAUUUCCUAUUAAGUAUUGUCUAUUUCCAUUAUUUUGACCUAUUUCUGCAGGCAGUAUGUAGUCUUUUGACAUUAUGCCUAGGCCUUUCAUUAUAUAAAUAAAUAGUUCAUCUUGAUUAUACUGUAUUAAAAAUGUUCAUAAAGUUCAUUAAAUGUGCUGUCUCAAAAAAAAGUCUUAAUACUUUCAAUAAAAGAUUUGCCUUCCUUUA